CCCGGUAGGUUUCCCCAUGUCCGUGACGUGUUGGCCGAGGCUCUGCGGCUCCUCUCCGCCCUCGGAGCGGCCAGUCGCUGCCCUCUGGACUCCGUGAUCCCCGACGGGCGUCAUGAGCAUUGCAAUCCCUCUGGGAGUCACCACACCAGAUACGUCCUACUCCGACAUGGCUGCAGGAUCGGACCCAGAGUCUGUGGAAGCUAGUCCAGCUGUCAGUGAGAAGAAUGUGUACUCCAGCCACGGCUAUGGGGCCACCCAGAAACACAGCUAUCGCGGGCUGCCUUACGCAGAUCAUAAUUAUGGAGCCCCUCCUCCUCCAACGCCGCCAGCCUCUCCUCCUGUUCAGACCAUUAUACCUCGUGCAGAACUGAACGGCCUCCACUCACCUGAUGAAGAGAACUCUGGGGACAGUGAGAGCUCCUCGGAAGGAGAAUCAAUUCCCACUUGGUGCCACUGCAGUGUCUCCCAAGAUGGUUUCCUCCUCAAGUGUGAAAAGUGCAGAGGAAUGAGCAGGGGGAAGGUGAUCAGACUCCGCCGCCGGAAGCAGGACAACGUGUCAGGUGGGGACAGCAGUGCAACUGAGAGCUGGGAUGAAGAACUAUCUCCCUCUACAGUGCUGUACACAGCUACGCAGCACACCCCUACAAGCAUCACGCUGACUGUCAACCGCGUCCGUAGAAGCAAACCUAAGAAGAGGAAGAGGAGUACAGAAAAAGCUCGCACUGCUCCAAAGGCCAAAAAGAUCAAGGCUUUUCGAGAGGGCUCACGAAAGUCUCUGAGGAUGAAGAAUUCCCCUUCUGAAGCGCAUGCCUUGGAUGAAAACACAGCGGAAGGGUGGGAGAAUCGAAUACGACUCUGGACUGAUCAGUACGAAGAAGCCUUUACUAACCAGUACAGCGCUGAUGUACAAAACUUGUUGGAGCGUCAUCUAAACUCUAAUAAAGAAUAUGUGGGCAAAACUGCUAUGCUAGACACAAUCAACAAAACAGAGUUGGCCUGCAAUAAUACUGUUAUUGGGUCCCAGAUGCAGCUGCAGCUGGGAAGGGUGACUCGGGUUCAGAAGCACCGGAAGAUCCUGAGGGCAGCAAGAGACUUGGCACUAGAUACCCUUAUAAUUGAGUAUCGAGGGAAGGUUAUGUUACGACAGCAAUUCGAGGUCAAUGGGCAUUUCUUCAAAAAGCCAUAUCCCUUUGUGCUGUUCUACUCCAAGUUCAAUGGCGUUGAAAUGUGUGUUGAUGCCCGCACCUUUGGUAAUGAUGCCAGGUUCAUCAGGCGUUCCUGCACUCCAAAUGCAGAGGUUCGUCAUGUGAUUGCUGAUGGGAUGAUCCACCUGUGUAUCUAUGCUGUUGCCACCAUUGCCAAGGACACAGAGGUUACCAUCGCCUUUGACUAUGAGUACAACAUCUGCAACUAUAAAGUGGACUGUGCGUGUCACAAGGGGAACCGGAAUUGCCCUGUGCAGAAACGUAGCCCAAAUGCUGCAGAACACCUACCUCCACCUGUUUUAGGCACACUGAUUGGGGCAGAAACACGCCGGCGAAAAGCCCGUCGAAAGGAACUAGAAAUGGAACAGCAGGGUAUUGCAUCGGAUGAGAACAGCAGUCAACAAACGGAGGAAGUUCCUGAGGGACCUGCAGCAGUCAGUGACAAUGAGGUGGCAGACAAGGAGGAGAAACAAGAAGGGGAGAAAGAGGAGCCUGUAGAUGAACAGGGAGCCUUGGUCCACAGCCGACGGUCCCGGGAAGACCGGAAAGUAGAAGCCAUCAUGCACAUGUUUGAAAACUUGGAAAAGAGAAAGAGGAGACGAGAGCAACCAUCAGACCGUAACAGCACUGAUGCUGAAAUCAACAUCAAUUCUGAAGCUCCUGAGCUGGAGGAAAUAAAAACAGAGACUCCUGAAACUGAAGACGGAAGUUCAGCACCGAGUGCUGCUGCUCCAAAUGUUUCUAACAGUAACAGCAGUACUGGGGUGAACACACGACGGUCUUCACAAGUAGUGGAUGCUGUCCCCGAAAAAACAGUUACUAAGCCAGCUCCAGCAAAACCCUCCAGGCCCCGACCAAAAAGUCGCUUUUCUCGAUACCGGACCAGUUCAGCACAAAGACUGAGAAGGCAGAAACAAGCCAGUUCCCAGCAAGCUGAACUUGCACAGGCUGUCCCAGAGGAAGGAAGCACUGCCAGCUUGGUAACCGCAACAGAUGUCAGCAAUGUAGAAGGUCCAGGAGAAGGCAGACAGUUGACGGGAUCUGACCCAACUGCUAUCCUGGCUGCAGGAUCUCAGUCUAAUCGAGCUGCAGUAAAGUACCCCAAAACUAAAAAGUAUCUUGUUACCGAAUGGCUGAACGACAAGGCAGAAAAGCAGGAGUGCCCUAUUGAAUGCCCUCUGCGCAUUACUACAGACCCAACAGUUUUGGCAACUACCUUAAAUAUGUUGCCGGGUCUCAUCCACUCCCCGCUAAUUUGUACCACACCUAAACACUACAUUCGUUUUGGUUCACCUUUCAACCCUGAGAGACGUCGAAGGCCCUUUCUGUUGGAUGGCAUUUACAGCUCCUGUAAAAAGCGCUGGAUCAAACAAGCCCUGGAGGAGGGGAUGACUCAGACCUCACCAGCUCCGCAAGAGAACAGAACCCAAUGUCUAUACCAAAGUAACGAGAACAGCAGUUCUUCCAGCAUCUGCAAAGAUGACACAGACUUGCUGAGUCCCCUGAAGAAAUGGAAGUCUCGCUACUUGAUGGAGCAGAAUGUUAAGAAGUUGCUGAGGCCGCUCUCUCCCGUCACCCCUCCACCUCCCAUCCCUUCAGUUCCUGGCUCAGUGAGCCCACAGCUUGCUACACCCUGCUCAUCGCUGCCAGGAGAGGAGGAGAGUCGCAACGGUUAUGGCAUGAUGUUCUCACCAAUUCCUUCUCUGGCUGCUAGUCGCUGCAAUACUCCACUACAGUUUGAGAACGUAUCCUCCCCUGAGAGUUCCCCUGCGCAUAGGCCUGAGUCCAUGUCACCCGAGCUCUGCCUCCGAUCCGACCUGGAUUUGAAGGGUGGGUACGUGGAUUGUGGUGCAAACACCUGCCCAGAACGACCAUCGCUGCUCAGCUUUGGAUCCUCUGAUCUGGCUCCACAACCCUCCAUAAACUCUACUUCAGAGAUGAACUUCCCAGGGAAAAGUGGGGAGGCACAGAUGCUGCUACGAAGCUCUGAUCAGGCUUUUCGGACAGAGUUUAAUUUAAUGUAUGCCUUCUCCCCGUUGAACGCUAUGCCACGUGUAGAUGGUUUGUUGCGGGGAUCUGCUCCUUUGGGAGAGAGGAAGCCAAUGAAUUCGGAAGCAGGAUGCUGCAGCUCUCCUGCCGAAGGAUAUUUCAGCAGACACGAGUCAGGGCUGCUUAAAGAGGCAGUGCAUGGAUCCAUGUCUCCCUGCAGCGAGAGGGCUUGUGAAGGCGUCAGAUCGGCUCCCCAGAAUCCGCCACAAAGGAAGAAGGUAUCUCUACUAGAGUAUCGCAAGCGGAAACAAGAAGCCAAGGAGGGAGGCGAUUCAGUGCGAUGUACAGGGACUCCUACCCGACAGGGCAGCAGCAGUUCUGUGACUGACACAGAUGGCAACAGCCUGCCGGGCUCUGUAGUACGAACCCCGUCCUCCCCACAAAGUGGCUUCUCCCCUUCUCAUCCCUCCCUGCCUCAUGUAGAGGACAUCAGCCCACCAGACUCGAGGGGGGCUAGUUCCUCAACAUCACUCAGCAAAUCCCAGGAGAACAUCAGCAGUAGGUGGAUGGUCCCAACGUCAGUGGAGAGGCUUCGAGAGGGCCGAGGCAUACUUGAGAAGGUGCUGCGAAGUGGCGCAAAGGUAUCCCAGAGAAAUGAAUCCUCACCUACCUGUGACAGUGCUGUUGAGAGAGAUGCAGACACAGCAGAAGGAGACACUCCAGAAGCCCACAAAGGACCAGCAGUUUACAGUCCUUCUCGAUACAGCUACCAGCUCCUGCAGUCUGACAGUCCCCAGGCAGAAUCGCAGACCCUUCUCCAGCAGAGUUCCUCCCCCUACAGAGGACACCUUACUCCAUCUCCUGGGUACAGCUAUCGAGCAGCAGCACAGAGGACAGCACACAGUCUCUCUCAUGGCUCCUCGGAAACAUCCCUCUCCUCCACCUCGUACUCCAGCCCUGCCCACUCGGUCUCCACAGACUCCUCUGCCCUGUUUGCAGGGAAUUCGGGGUAUUACAGCAGCCAGCAGCACUCUGGCAGUGUCAGCGGCAGGCUCCUGGAAGAGGUGGCCUGGAAGAGGCCCUCCCCUGCCGCUGCCAGCCCAGCACAGCAGACGGCUGUGGACUCUCUUUCCUCUGAGUCGGGCUCUCAGCCCUGCACAGGCGCGCCGGGCUCCACCUCCGCUCCCCAAAGUGCUAGGUCACUACAGUCAGACUUGCGGACUAUCAGUCUACCGAAUUCUGGGCAGUCUGUUCUCUACCAGGGCUCCCGGGGGGCAGUGAUUUCCAAUGCACAACACUAUCCACACCGCGGGGGAAGCAGUGUCCAUCAGUACAGACUUCAGCAGCUUCAAGGUUCUGGAGUAAAGACUCAGACAGGACUUUCCUAGGGCUGCCUGGACUCCAGGAGGACAAAACUCCCCAUAGCUCCUUCCAGUCACCUCUGGAAGUGGCUCCUGGGCCAGUGUUGGGAGCUUGCACCUGAUGCUGGGGUGCCAGGGGUCAGAGGCUGAGGUCUGAAAUGCACGGGUGAGAUUUGUGAGCAGUAUUGGCCUCUGGCCUUGUAGGAGAACGCAGAUUUCUCUGAGGCAGAGACUGUAGCAAAGCUGUUCCCUGAUGUGUGGGUACAUUGCAAAAAAGAAAAAAA